AUGGAGGUCGAGCUGCACUGCUGCGGCAGUGAGGUCUUUGAGCCCGAAACCGUGGAUUUAGUCUUCACUUCACCGCCUUACUUCAACACCGAGCUCUAUAGUGAUGAGGCAACGCAGAGCCAUGUGAAGUUCCCAACAGCACAGACUUGGCGACUGGGAUUCCUCGUGCCCACGCUCCACAACGCAGCAGCGGCGUUGCGGCCUGGAGGUUAUUUCCUCCUUGCUCUGACGUCAAGGCGAACCCACCGCCGGGCAGGUCUGGACCUCGAGGCAGAAGUUCAGGCAAUCUCUUCAGACUUCGGCCUGCAGCAGGAAUUGAAUUGUGCUUUGAACCAGGAGACUACGGUCUGGAUGGAGAAGACCAGUUUCGACGAGCAGCCAAGGCGGAGUGGCAGCCUAAGCCAUGGUUCCGCCGGGAAGCGAUGGUUGCUCUUUCUCGAGGUGAUCUGCAUUGUGCAUUCCAUCAGGGAUGCUCCUGCACUGGGCAAAGAUGUUGUCGAUGAAAAGACCAAGGACAAACCACUGCUGGAGGAGAUAGACCAAGCGCAACUGAAGGCCGUUCUUGUGGCGUACGCUGAGCAAUUGGGAUUCCGGCAGAGUCUGGAGAGCGCGUUGCGUGGCAGUGGAGGCAUCUGCCCCACAGAGGGGCUGUGGGAGAACAAGGGGUGCGCUCCGAUUUCUUCCGACCUGAAAGCCUGCAACUGCUCGGACUAUCGCGCGUGCAAGAAUGCGACCAAACUGCCAGGACUGGAGGAGGAACUCACACGAGGUUCUGCAAUGCGGCUCUACGCUGGCAGCUGCGAGUACAGUGGCAGGUCGGAAAAAAUCGCUCUGGUCGUGAUGUUAGGGGUGACUGUCUCGCUCGGUUUGUGGUGCGCGGUGCAGAAUCAUGUCCAUCGGGGCAAGCAAAUGAGCUUCUCUCUGGAUGAGGAGGAGAUGAAAGCAGACUCUCCUACGGAGGCUCAUCAGAACGACCAGCCUGCCAACGGAGAUGCGCAGGGGGAAAGCAGUUCGCAACCUGACGCUGUUCCCGAAGGAUACAAGGUGCGGAUGAAUGAGUUCGGAGAGCUCAUGAAGACAGAGAAGCCCUUUCCGGAGCUUGUCAUGGAGGUCAUGAAGAUGGCACCUGGAAAUACGCAGAAUAUGAGACCAAUCUCGGGCAACAUCUACAGAUACUGGGCACUUGGCGGGCAAAAGAAAAGCUGGCUGAUCUACUGUGGCUUCAGGUUCGUUCUUCUAAUCCAGCUCCUGGUCCCUGCAGCUAUAUGCCGCUGGUCAUACUACCAGUACGACUGGCCAAACACGGAGAUUCGCUUUGUGAGGUAUGAGUUUGGCGACUUGGAGUUCGGCGUCUCUCACGUAGUGAGCAGGUUGCUCUCGUUUCUGUUCACCUACUGCAUCUCCUUGCACGCUUUGUCCAUCACAAAGAAGGCCUGCAGAGGAAACUUUUCCCUCUUCCUUCUCAUCAGCAACUUGCCAGAGUCGAUCUGUGUCCCACAAUCGGCAUACCUGUUCCUGUUCUUGGACGGCUUCAUGACGUGCUACUUGACAAUGACGUCCUUGCUUGCCAUGGUGCUGGUCUUCAGCUUCGCGGAAGGCCCCAAAGACAUUUGCUUCGAUGCCCUGGGCCUGCUCUUCAUCCUUCGCCUACAUGAGGUUGAUGGCGACCUGGAUUUCAUCUCGACGCAGGACUUUGACUCAGACCGCGUUGGGGAGCUUUGCCAUUACGUCCUCUCCUGCAAAGCGCUGAGGAAUGAGCGUGAGAUGGAAGACCGAGUGCCCUUGCGAUGGACACUCUUGUGGGACAUGACAGAGCUGUUGAUCUACUGGAUCCUCAUGCUUGUACCCGUCUUCCAGCUCUUUGUAGUGGAUGGUCUGGUGCUACGAUCCACUGGCCUCUCUGUUGGCGUGCUCGGAGCCCACAUUGCGCAGGAAGAGGCGCGCCUCUCGAUGUUGGAAAGCCACGGGCACUGA